CUGGCUUCGGCCGUCUCACCCAUCACAUGUCUUUUUCUGAGCUCCCCAAAGAGGGGACGUCUAAAGUGGUCCUGCACCCUGUCUGUACUUGCCAGUGGGCUAUCCAUUGCCUUGGUCAAUACUCUCAAGUUUGCCAUUGAUCUCAUGUGGUAAGGGGGCUUUACGCCUCAUGAUCAGUCAUCAAAAGGACGCUUCUAGCACACCAUCCCAAUGGCACCAGACGCCACCGCAGGCGGUGAGACCCGUUCAGCACCACCGGCAACCAAGAGGAACAGUGCUGUCAGAAAGGAGCAGAAUAGGAAUGCUUCUCGAAUUUACAGAGAACGGAGGAAGCAGAGACUGGCCUUGCUAGACCACCUUCUCCAGAAGGAUGUCGACCAGGCACUGUCAAAAUCGUCGCAGGAGAACAAUUUGACAGGGCCUGCUCCAUCUCAGCUGGAAAAAGAGCAGCCUGUGUCAGGCUUGACAGACUCUGGUGAGGAGGAUGCGGCACAGCUUGCGCAGACCUCUGCGUUGGAUCCCCUGAGUGAGGACUUGGGCACAUUGGAGCCUUCAGCCUUGGAUGGUCUGUCAUUCGAUGCAUCGUGGCCGAUCCCAAGCAGCGAUCCAGUAUGGGACUUUGUGGGGAACCAAGAUGGCGUAUCUGAUGCUGUCGAGACGCACCUCGAGGCUCCGGCUCUGGCCCCGAGCAAGCCAUUCAUGCUUGGAGAGAUGGGCAGAGAGCAAUGGCACAGCACUGAGGAAACACCCGAGCCUAUCCAAAGCCUUCAGGAUAGGGAUUUCUCUGCGGCAAUGAAAUCUGUCCAGGCGAACAUCUUCUUCACCACUCCAGGACAGCAACAUCCCUUGUUCUUCCUCGAGUCUCCAACGUCCGGAAAGAGCAGCCAUACCAAAACAGAUCCCUCCCAAGUAGAAUCACCUUCAUUUUCGUCAAAAAUAUCUUCGACUAUUGUGCCUUCGCCACGAUCAGCAGUCUCAAAACCCUGUUCACUGCCUGGCGAGGACAGCCUGGGGGAGUUCAUGCAGCGCCUGAUGAAUCUGCGGGUACCGGACGUCAAGCAGGUGAUAUUCGUGCAGCAGAGCCAGCUCUUUGCCGCGGUCAUGGACAACACCCUUGCCAUAGGCGUCAUGACUGGGCCCGAGGCCAUCUUUGCCGACGAGGCCGCCAGCCCCUUCAACAGGGACUGGGUCGCGAGCAAGGGGUCGAUGCAACUAUCGCAGAUCCGGUCCAAGUUCUCGGGCGCGCCCAGGGACCUCCAGCCGGUCGACGUCCAGAUCACCGUCGAGCAUCACGUCUACCUGGACGUCAUACCCUUCCCAUCGUUCCGGGACCGUGCGCUCAGGGCUAUCGCUCAAGAGCCGCCCCUGCUCGACGAGGACGAGCUGUGCCGUGAUAUCUGCAGCAAUGAGGGGCUCAUCGUCUGGGGAUCGCAGGGGAACAGCCGGGGAAUGGAGGCGGCCAGGCCAUGGGACAUGAGAAGCUGGGAGCCGAAGCCGUGGUUUUUAAGGAAAUAUCACUUCUUGGUAGGCGGCUGGGAAGAUGAGAUGUGGAGGGCGACAAGAUGGUGGCAUAUGAUGCGGAAUGAGAGAAUUCCUGUAGGAUAACCGCGCAAUAACUCCUUGUCGUAGUGACGAAAAUAUCCCACCGAACU